UUCUCUCUUUGUUUAUGUCACUGUCGUUCUUGCUAUUGAAAACUAUCCUCCGAAGAAACCGGGAAGAAGGAGCUUCAAUUUCUAGUAUCUAGCUAUACUUUCUACUCAAGCAAUUAUAAACAUAGUCCAUGCCUUAACCAAGUAAAAAACAGUCUCUGCCUCAACUCAGACAACUGUGUUUGGUUAACAAUGAACAGCAGUAUUCCAGGUUGGAAUUUUGAGAGUGAGACCUUUGUCACCAAUCAAAAGAAACCCAUAGGGCCAGAAGGAGAACUUGUAGAGCUCCUAUGGCAAAAUGGGCAAGUAGUUAUGCAUAGCCAAACACAUAGAAAACCAGUUGUGAAUUCAUCUGACUUGAGACAAGUUCACAAAACUGAUCGAUCAACAUUAAGGACUAGUGGGCCACGUGGGAACUCACCUAACUUGAGUCAUCAAGAUGAGACAGUCUCAUGGAUCCAAUACCCUCUUGAGGAUCCAUUGGAACAAGAAUUCUAUUCAAACCUUUUAUCUGAGCUAGCAGCACCAUGUGAAGUUGAGUCUUACAAGCCAUUCGAGCAAUUGGAAGAGGGAAAGUCUGCCAAAGUUGUUGCCUCUAGUUCCCCUCUCUCAACUUCAAUUUUACAAGCACCUAAUAAUAAUAUGAAACCCUCUUGUGUUCAGGAAUUCCAAGGAAAUCCCAUGCCUGCUCCAAGAUUUCAGGUUCCUGAUUCAUCUCAGAAAAUCAAUGACUUUGGUGGAACACGAAAGGUCCAAAAAAUUUCUCACUUUUCAACACCCCCUAUUGUUUCUUCAGCAUCUGCUGGUGCACAGUUUAGAGAGAAAGUUAAUGCUAAUCUAUCACAAAGUAAGGCCAGAGAGUGCUCAGUGAUGACAGUUGGUUCAAGUCACUGUGGCAGCAAUCACAUCCUUCAGGACCCAGAUGUGAGUAGGGCAUCAAGUAAUGGUGUUUGGACUACUACUUUAUCUGCUGAGCCUGAAGCUGUUAGAGAUUGUGUCAAGAGAACAAUUCCUCGGAGUGAUAAAGGAAAAUCAGAGAUGGUGGAACCAACUCUAACUUCAUCUUCUGGUGGCUCAGGCAGUAGUAUUGGAAGAACUUGUUCCCUAUCAACAAGAAAUCAUAGCCGAAAGAGAAAAGGGACAGAUGCAGAAGCAUCAGAGGAACAAAGUGAGGCCACAGAACUUAAAUCAGCAGAUGGAAACAAGGCAUCUAAGAGGGCAGGGUCUUACAGAAGAAGCCGUGCAGCUGAAGUGCAUAAUCUAUCAGAAAGGAGACGAAGAGAUAGGAUCAAUGAGAAGAUGAAGGCACUGCAGCAACUGAUACCUAACAGUAACAAGACAGACAAAGCAUCAAUGUUAGAUGAGGCAGUCGAAUACUUGAAAUCGCUUCAGUUACAGCUUCAGGUAAUGUGGAUGGGGGCUGGUAUGACACCAAUGAUGUUUCCAGGAAUUCAGCACUAUAUGUCACAAAUGAGUAUGGGAAUGACUGCACCUUCUUUGCCUUCUAUUCACCAUUCAAUGCAAUUACCGAGAGUACCACAUGAUCAGUCCAUAUCUGUAGCUCAGAUACCAAACCAGACUGUGAUGUCCCAAAAUCCAGUUUUGGAUGCGUUUAAUUACCAAAAUCAGAUGCAAAACCCAUGCCUUUCAGAGCAAUAUGCACGUUACAUGGCUUAUCAUCUUAUGCAAAGUGCCUCCCAGCCAAUGUAUGCAUACAGAUAUGGUUCCCAGCCAGCACAACAUACUCAAACAAUUGCACCCAGCAAUAACAACAGUGGACCCGGGAGUGGAGCAGCUAAUAUUGAUAAUGCUGUGAGUGGCAAAAUUGGUUCUUCCACCUUUAACUGAAUAGCAAUACCUGAAACUUGUUCAAUUGGAGGGUUUGGCUGAUGAGUCAAACCUAUAAGCACAAAGACAUACUUCAAGUUUAUGUAGUUUGGAGGCCAUGCAAUUUAUUUCCAAUUUAAAGUCUGUGGUGAUGAGAAAUUGUAUUAGACAGGUCAUUUAUUAUGGGCCAGGUUUGUUCUCAGCUCCUUGGACCCAUCAGAUAGAGCAUUAUGUAUUGUUUGUAGACUUGGGGAAAUAAAUUAAGAUCAUAUGUAAUUUUUUAUUAUGUCUGAGAACAUAAUAGCAGUUGUUAUUCCUAUCAUUGUCAUACAAUCAAGACUAUAGACUCUCUUAAGUAAAGUAAGCUUGAGAUUUUUUU